AUGCAUCAGGUGGUAGAAGUACCUCCGUCAUUAUCAGGAACUUCAAAUGAAUCAUUACUAAAAUCUGAAGUCAAUCAUGAACAACCAACUAUUUCAUUAACAGAGUCAUCAGUAGCGCCACCAACAGUCACUCAAACACAAUUGAUUACAGUGCCAAUAGCAUCGGCUCAACCGUUUUUAACAAGUACUCCAUCAGCAACAAUAAAACGUACAAAACGAGGUUUUCGAACUUAUCUUAAUAGUAAAAAAAUCAAUCGACCAUCUACUAAACCAACGACAGUACUUGCUCGACCGUCGACUAUAAAUACAUCAGCAAUACUUCCAUACUCAUCAAAACCGAUUAUACUUAAUAAUCAAAAUACUCCAAUUAUUCCAAAAUCAGUAACAUCAAUUCAAACAAAUCCAUCACCUGGAUUUACUACUUAUUUAGUUGUCGAUGGCAGUCAAGGACAACUUGUUCAAGUUUCUAAUGAUGGUCAAAAACCAGUUACAUUUCGAAAUCAAGUUGGACAAGUUCUUCAAGCAACACCUAUUACUGUUGUUUCAACUCCUAAUCAACCUAUUAUAUCUUCCUUUCCAACUAAUGGAGAUUGUUCAUUAUUAUCAAAUUCAUCACAAACAAUUACAACUGUUCGAACAAGUUCUUCGAUUGAUAUGCAACAAAAAACAACCUUAACAAGUGGUACAACAACAAUGACAACACAACAAUUAACAGGUAUUAAUCAUCAAACAUCAAUUCUACCAACAACUAUUGUUAAUGGAAAUAAUAAUUUACAAUUAUAUGAUAAUAAUUCAUCAUUAGAUGAAUCAAAAUCAGCAAAUAGUAAUCUUUCGUUAUCAUUAACGCAAAUAGCACAGAAAGUUAGUCAUCGUCAUCGUCGAUCAAGCAGUUCAAGUAUAUCGAAAAAGAAACGUGGAAGACCAAGAUUAUAUGAACGAGAUCCAUUGACAAAUAAACCAAUAAAAAAUGAUCUAACACCAACACCUACUGAAUUAACUAAACCAAAUGUAAUAAAUACAACAUUUUUAAGAUCCGGACAAACAACAACAUUUAAUACAUUAUCUAAUCCUUCAAAUAAUUGUGGUUCACUCUUUUUUCCAAGUCAAACAACGACCAUUCCUGUAACUAAUCCUUCAUUAUUACAACAACAUCAAUAUUCAUAUCCAUCAUUCCUUAAUGGAACUACAUCGACAAAUAUCAUGACAUCACCAACAUUUAAUACUCUAGCUAAUACAACAAAUACAUCAUCAUCAUCAACUACUUUUCCUUAUUUAUCUCAGUCUAUAACAAAAGAAUACUCUCCACCAUCAGUUCCUUCCAUAAUACCAACACAUAAUGUUGAGAUAUGUUCUCGAACAAGUUCAAAUCUUCCUCAUACUGUUCAACAAAAUGCAUCACCAAUAAAAUCAUCAAAUAAUGAUAUUGCUGUUCAUUAUAUUGGUGGUUUUGUAAUACGUGAAAGUAGUCAUCCAUUUAUAGCUAAUGACAAUCUAAGUCAAAAAAAUAAUAAUGAUCAACUUCAAUGUAUUAUAUGUCAAAAAAAUGAUUUUUCACAAAGAUUUUUUGAUCGAGAAAAAAAAUUUUGCUCAAUAUUAUGCUCAUCAAAGUCAAAUGAAAAUAAACCACCAAUAAUUAAUGAACCAAUACGAGUUGUAGAAAAUAUCAAUGUACAACAACCAAUUGAAUCAAAUAUCAAUGAACAAAUAUCGUUACCACAUGAUCAUGGUCUUCCAACUGAUCCAAGUAAAUGGACGGUUUCACAAGUCGGUCAAUUCAUUGCACGUUUAACAAAUGAAAUAAUACGUCAAGCAUUUUAUGAAAGUGAAAUAGACGGUCAAGCUUUAUUAUUAAUAAACCAAGAAAAUUUACGUGAUACAAUGAAAAUUAAAUUAGGACCAUCAUUAGUUAUAUCAAGUGAAAUAGCUAAAUUACGAGAACGUGCAAAAACCUUUUCUUCUUGA